AUGCAGAUUAGCCUGCUACUUUUUCUGAUGUUUUUUGUGAGAACUUUUGAUUUUUGCAUGCCAACGGAUGGUGGAGGAGGUGAGUUUUGUAUAGUUUUGUGAUAAAUUUGACCAAUCUCUAAUGUGGUUUUCAGUGCCUAUUUUGGAUGAUGAGAUUGAAGAGCCUACAAGCACAAGUACCAUUGUAACAGAAACUACUACUGUUGCUCCUGAAGAGCCUGGAGAACCCGAAGAGCCUGGAGAGCCUGAAGAGCCUGGUGAGCCUGAAGAGCCUGGAGAGCCUGGAGAGCCUGGAGAGCCUGGAGAGCCUGGAGAGCCUGGAGAACCUGGAGAACCUGGAGAGCCUGGAGAGCCUGGAGAGCCUGAAGAGCCCGAAGAACCCCUAGGACCAUGUCCCGAUGCCACGUGGACUCUAUUCAACAGAGGAACCUAUUCGUGGUGUAUGAGAACUGGGCUUGCUUCAAUUCAACAAGCAGAAGCUGCCGAAACUUGUCAAAAUCUCAACGCCAACGCAGUACCUUCGGGUUUUCAAAAUGCUGCUGAAGUCACAACAAUGAUUGCUCAGGCUAGAGCAGCUAAUAAUGGAGAGGAUGCAAGGUUUUAUAUCGGAGCUGAAAGAGUCGAAAAUUGUAUUGGAAAAGGUAUCACGGCAAGUUGCACAAAAUUGAAUUCAUUCGAAUGGACAGAUGGUGUAACUUCUGGAACUGCAGGUUUUGUUUGGGAAGGAAUUCAACCGAAUAAUUGGCAAUUUCAACAAAAUUAUGUUUAUUUGGACACUGAAAUGGGUGGAUUAGCAGACGGAAGUGGACUUUUUGAAUAUCCUGGAGUUAUUUGCGGGGUCGAAGCUAUCUAA